AUGUUGCGCUCUACGCGUCCAUGGCGUUUUCGAAUGAAAGGAGGCGAAAUGUUUGUUGAGUAUAAAAUUAUGUCGCGGGAUCAUCGGCGCUCUAUUCGUGUGGAAGACGCCAUUGUGGACCCCAGUGUCGCUCGUACGGUUGUACCACUAAGUUGGCUGGAGCAGCUGCGCAGCCCGUCUCUUCGUCUACAUACCGGGUAUCACAUGGAGGAGGCUGUUUAUGUGCCUCCGGCCUAUGCUGCUGUGGACGAGAAAGAGGGCAGGCGUUUGUCGGAGAAGAGCACAAUGACGCCGAAUGCAAUUUUGGCCGGUCCUGUUGUGCUGUCCAUUACAGGGCAGAGUGUUCCGGUUGUGUUGAAUCCGUACUUUGUUCCAGAUGAUACGUGGGGCAUCAGGCGGAAUAGGGACGAAUGGGACCUGCGUCUAGGCAUGGAUGCCAUUGAGCAGUGCACCUUGUUUAGCGAGCUGCGCCCAGGCGGCUUACUUUACAACAAACUCCCUAGUAGCCAGAACGUCACGCGUCACGAACCUGUACGUGCAACUCUGCAGCGCUAUGGCAUGAAGUGCGGCCUUGCCGAGUCACCACUAGUUCCUCGGCCGUGGACGCGGAUGCGGUACAUGUUUAUCGAUGAGCUGCAACGCGGUCCAAAGUUGACGGAAUUUGUUGGACACAACCCGCGCAAUGGUACCCAGUGGCGCUUUUCGCAACACUCAAAGUACUUCCGCAUUGGUGUAUGGCGGGAAACGAUACGCCGUAACGACAUGAACGAAGGUCUACACGGGCACAGCAGCUGGCAGAAGUCACCGCAGCAGGCCGUGCCGGAGGUCCGCCUCAUGGCCCCCUACCCGUAA